AUGACUCGCCUUCGCACCAUCGCAUUCCUUUCCAUUUCAUUAGUACUCUUAUCUGCCAUUGACGUCGCCGCACAUGGUGCUAAGAGGAAGGCACGACAUAACCGCGUAGCUGGCAUUAGCAAUGUUACCUAUGAUGGCAAGUCACUCUUUGUUAACGGAAGGCGCGAGCUUCUCUUCUCCGGUUCCAUCCAUUACACUCGCAGCACUCCUGAUAUGUGGCCAUCCAUUCUUGAACGUGCAAGACAUGGAGGUUUGAAUGUUAUUCAAACUUAUGUGUUCUGGAAUGCUCAUGAGCCAGAGCAAGGCAAGUUCAACUUCCAAGACAACUAUGAUUUGGUAAAAUUCAUUAGGUUGGUUCAAGAGAAAGGCAUGUAUGUGACCCUCAGGGUUGGACCUUUCAUUCAAGCCGAAUGGAACCACGGAGGUCUUCCGUAUUGGCUAAGAGAGGUUCCGGGGAUCAUAUUUCGUUCUGAUAAUGAACCAUAUAAGAAACACAUGAGUGCAUUUGUUGGAAAAAUUAUACAAAUGAUGAAAGAUGAGAAACUCUUUGCUCCCCAAGGAGGUCCUAUCAUCUUGGCGCAGAUUGAAAAUGAGUACAACCAUAUCCAACUUGCCUAUGAAGAGAAGGGAGAUAGCUAUGUUCAAUGGGCUGCAAACAUGGCAGUAGCCUUCGAUGUUGGUGUUCCGUGGAUCAUGUGCAAGCAGAGAGACGCUCCUGAUCCCGUCAUCAAUGCAUGCAAUGGAAGACAUUGCGGCGAUACCUUUUCCGGACCAAACAAACCAUACAAGCCUGCCCUAUGGACUGAAAAUUGGACUGCACAAUACCGAGUUUUUGGUGAUCCAAUAUCUCAGAGAUCCGCAGAAGAUAUCGCCUUCUCAAUUGCCCGAUUUUUCUCCAAGAAUGGAAAUUUGGUCAACUACUAUAUGUACCAUGGUGGAACAAACUUUGGAAGAACGAGCUCUGCCUUUACGACUACUCAAUACUACGACGAAGCUCCUCUUGAUGAAUAUGGUCUUGAGAGGGAACCAAAGUGGAGUCAUCUUAGGGAUGCACACAAGGCUAUGCUCCUUUGCAGAAAGGCUAUCCUUGGCGGUGUUCCCACGGUUGAGAAGAUCAACACCUUCCACGAGGUUAGAAUAUUCGAGAAGAAAGAUGGAAAUAUUUGCGCCGCUUUUAUCACUAACAACCACACUACUGAAGCAGCCACCAUCAGUUUCAGAGGUUCUAACUACUUCUUGCCUCCACAUUCCAUUAGCGUCCUCCCCGACUGCAAGACCGUUGUCUUCAACACACAAAGUAUUGUUUCCCAACAUAAUUCAAGGAACUUUGUGAAGUCUGCUGUCGCAAACAACUUCAAAUGGGAGGUGUUUUCGGAGCCAAUUCAAAAUGUCAAGAAAGUCCCACCGUCUCAGAAAGUUCCAGCCGAGCUUUACAGCAUGCUUAAGGACACCACAGAUUAUGGAUGGUUCACCACUAGUUUCGAGUUGACUCAAGAAGAUAUGCCAAAGAAUGGAGCAGCUCCAGCUCUUCGUAUUAUGAGUCUUGGACACUCACUCUCCGCAUUUGUUAAUGGAAAAUGCAUUGGCUCUGGACAUGGUAGCCAUGAAGAGAAAUCUUUUGAAUUUGAGCAACCUGCAAACUUUAAGGUUGGAACCAACUACGUAUCCAUCUUGGCCAGCACUGUUGGACUACCAGACAGUGGAGCUUACAUGGAACACAGGUACGCAGGACCCAAGUCCAUAUCCGUUGUUGGUCUUGCCAGAACAAUUGAUAUCACUAGAAACGGUUGGGGUCAUCAGGUGGGUCUCAAAGGCGAGGGACUUAAAGUUUUCACCGAGGAAGGAUCAAAGAGCGUUAAGUGGGUUCCAGUAACAGGAUCAGCACGCGCCAUCUCAUGGUUUAAGACAAGAUUUAUCACACCAGAAGGUAAAGGUCCGGUUGUAAUCAGGAUGACAGGUAUGGGAAAAGGAAUGAUUUGGGUGAACGGUAAAAGCAUCGGCCGUCACUGGAUGUCCUACCUUUCUCCUCUCGGAAAACCUACUCAAUCGGACUACCAUAUCCCGAGGUCUUACCUUAACAGCAAAGACAAUUUGCUUGUUAUAUUGGAAGAGGAAAAGGCCAGUCCCGAAAAGAUUGAGAUAAUGAACGUUGACAGAGACACUAUCUGCAGUAACAUCAGAGAGAAUGACCCUGCCAACGUCAAUUCAUGGGUAUCUAGACACGGACAGUUCCGUGCUCUCGACAAAAAUGCAGGACCACAGGCUUCACUCAAAUGCGCCACAGGCAAAAAGAUCGUAGCUAUUGAAUUCGCAAGCUUUGGUAACCCUUCUGGUUAUUGUGGAAUGUAUAAUGUUGGAAAUUGUAACGACGCUUCUGCUAAAAGCGUUGUUGAGAAGGAAUGCUUGGGGAAAGAAGCAUGUUUGGUUGCCGUGAACCGUGCAAACUUCAUGAAAGGUGGUGAUGCCUGCCCGAAUCUGGUGAAGAGCCUUGCUAUACAAGCUAAGUGUUCUUACUAG